AUGAAUGGGUUCUGUAAAACAACACCUGUGGACCUUGAAGACACAAACAGAAUACAUAAUGCAUGGAAAUCCAAAAUACAUAACUUAAUUCACAGUCCAUUGGUGUGGAGGAAACUCAACAGACAGUCAACAAAUGAAACAAGCCUGCUUGGAGAAUCUCUUGAGACGGUCCUUUCCCAGAAAUGUGGACGAACAGCAUUUCGGGACUUUCUGAAGUCAGAGUUCUGUGAGGAGAACCUGGACUUUUGGCUUGCCUGUCAAGAAUUCAAAACCCUUGACAGUCCACAGGAGCUGACAAAGAGAGCAGCACAUAUUUAUGAGGAGUUCAUCAGGGCAGAAUCCCCUACACAGGUAAACUUAGAUUUCCACACAAGAGAUAAUAUCAGCCAGAAUCUCCAACACCCAAGUUCAUUGUGUUUUGUUGCGGCACAAAAGAAAAUCUACAGUCUAAUGGAGAAUGGCUCAUUCUCACGCUUCAUUCAAUCUGAACAAUACAAGGUCCUAUUUGAUGCAGCUCCUAAGCAGAGAGGCCUUAGGAAGCACCGAAAGGCCUUGAAGAUAAGGAACACUGGAGAUCGAAUACAGCAUGAUUCUAAACCAAUCAGCCUGUAG